GUUAAACCGCCAUUUCCGACCGAUACCGUUGUAUAAGUCCUCGGUGAUUUCGUUUCUUCUACCGGUGGUAGUUGCACAUUUAUCAGCAAAAUUUAAAUAGUCUACCCGACGCCACCGCCGCCGCCGCCAUCGUAGUGCGCAUAAAAAAUGAUGUUUUAAAAAUACUCUCGACGUUUGUACGUGUCUUAUGUAUUGUCGGGUCGCCAUAAGUUAGUGCCGAGUUGUACAUACCGAGUGUGUUCAAGUAUCAUAAUAUAUAAACCGAGAAACGCGUGUCGUCGUGUGUCGAAAUAACAAAGCGAAAUGGGUAAAUUGUUUCACGGAUUAUUAAUAAGCUGCAUCUUGGCAGUAGUGUAUGCGGAAGAUGCUUUGAAGAUGCUAAGACCGAUCGAACACGAAGAAGAUGCUGUCGCUGCCGAAGAUCACGAACACCAUCGGAUCAUCAUCGUCGUGCCCAAGGAAGUGCCUCAUCACGUUAACCACGUGCACACGUACAAGAUAGCCGGCAAGGGAAUACCGCUCAUCCAUUCGGGCAAAGUGGUUCACGACCACAAGCACAGCGGCAAGGUAGCACACGAGCACGGACACGCCGGCAAGUCGUUCCACAACCACAAGCACGGCGGCCACUACGGGCACAACCACAAGCACAACGGUUACUUGGGCCACAAGCACUUCGGCCAUGUCGACCACAAGGGACACGCGCACCAACAAGAGUUUGCCGAUCCACAUGGGUUUUGGCAACACUUGACGGCUCCUAAGGGACAAAGACAACACGGCCAAAUACAACAACAGGGACAGCUGCAGCAACAACGGCGACCCGUGGCCGACAAGGUACAAUAUGUGCCGUCGUCUCAUCCACAGGGACUGGGAUCGUUCAUACCAUCCGAAAUCGUGCAUGGCCGUCACGGCAUCAUGCAGCAAUUCGUGGCAAGUGGCGACGGUAGACGUGCUCCGCAAAGCGUAUACCACGUGCAGGUGGCCGACGAGGACGGACCGAACGUCGUCAAACACUUGGAACUCGAUUUGGCUAACAACGUUGCCAAACUUCAGACUCCCGACCAAAGACAGCCGGUCUACCAGACAGUGACGCAACAGUACAGCCAGGUGAUCGGUGUUGGGCGCGCCGUACCAUCAGCUGAGGGACAAGAGUUUGAGGGACAAACCGGUGAGGUGAACGGCGGCGGUGCCGAUGACGGCGACGGUGAUCUGUCGUUGGAGGACGGCAGCGGUUACCGUUUCGGCGAAGGGUACAGACUGGCAUUGGAAUCGGACAACAGCCACGAUUAUUCGGCGGCGCAGGAACAGGACGAGGAUGAAGCAGACGAGUUCAAGGAACCGGUCAACUUCGGCGUAGAGAACGACGGCAACGUCGCUUUUAGCCAAGCGUACAGGGUACAAUUCUGAUGUGUUCGAAAUGCCAAAAACGUAGUUGUAUUGUAUUUUAUUUCUUUAUACGGAUAAAUUAUUGUUGUUGUUAUUAUUAUUAUUGUUAUUUGUACGUUUUAUUUGGUUGUUAAUGCCUAUAACAAUAUUAUAUUUUU